AGCUAAUCUUCCAGUUUUACUUUUCUUCCUCUUUUAUGGUAAUAUAUUUUUUAUUUAUCGUUGUUUUCUUCUUUUAGUUUUAUGGCAAAAUGACGCAACGUUUGAAAAAGGCGGUUGUUCAGGCCACUCAUGCUUUCCAACCCUUUCGAACAGCGUCAUCAGAAAAUGAAGCAAGAAGACGACAAAGUCCAGAACACUGAUUUUAAACAGCCGACAAAGUUGAAGGUCACUGAAAAUGACCGACUGUGGCGUCCGAUGACCAUCGAAGAAGAAAAAAGCGGAGAAUAUUUCCGACAAGAGCAGAAAUUGGUAUCAGUAGCAGAAGGUACAAAUUUGGAACACUUGUGUAAAUUAAAUAUUCGCGAACAGCCAUGUGUAGUCCGAAAAACUGGAAUAAUUUGUACUAUUGGACCAGCAUGUCGAAGCGUGGAGAAAUUGCAAGAAAUGAUUAUCAACGGAAUGAAUAUUGCCCGUUUGAAUUUCAGCCAUGGAUCAUAUGAAUACCAUGCGGAAACAAUAGCGAAUGUCCGGUCAGCAGCAAACAACUUCAGCGAGCGACGAUUAGUCGCAAUCGCCCUUGAUACAAAGGGGCCAGAAAUACGUACCGGUCUUCUGGAGGGAGGUGCCAGUGCAGAGGUGGAACUGGUAAAAGGAAAUCAUAUCCGACUAACCACUGAUCCAUCCAUGGAAAAUUCAGGCACAGCACAAAACGUUUUCGUUGAUUACAAGAACAUCACUAAAGUUCUUAGUGUUGGCUCUCGAGUCUUUGUUGAUGACGGUCUUAUUUCAUUAAUCGUCAAUUCAGUCGAAAAUGAAAGUAUACUAUGCACCGUUGAAAAUGGCGGUAUGUUGGGGAGCAGGAAGGGUGUCAAUUUGCCCGGUACACCGGUUGAUUUGCCAGCUGUGUCUGAGAAAGAUAUCAAGGAUUUACAAUUUGGUGUGGAGCAGAAAAUAGAUAUCGUUUUUGCAUCAUUCAUACGCAACGGUAGCGGUAUCAGCAUGAUAAGAAAAGUGCUUGGUGAAAAAGGAAAAUACAUCAAAAUCAUAGCAAAAAUCGAAAAUCACGAAGGUGUUGAUAAAGCCGAUGAAAUUAUUGAGGAAGCAGACGGCGUUAUGGUUGCUCGUGGAGAUUUGGGUAUUGAAAUUCCAGCAGAAAAGGUAUUUUUGGCUCAGAAAAUGUUGAUUGCCAAGUGUAAUAGAGCAGGGAAGCCGGUUAUCUGUGCAACUCAAAUGCUUGAAUCGAUGAUAAAGAAGCCAAGACCAACUCGUGCUGAAGGUAGUGACGUUGCGAAUGCAGUUCUGGAUGGAGCUGACUGCGUGAUGCUUAGCGGUGAAACUGCUAAGGGUGAAUAUCCAUUAGAAGCCCUCAAAAUUAUGCAUCAGAUCUGCAAAGAAGCAGAAGCAGCGGUGUAUCAUACGAGGUUUUUCGAGGAACUUCUUCAUGCAACCCAGAAACCAACGGAUAUCGCACACACUGUUGCCAUUGCAGCAACUUCGGCUGCGGCAUCUUGCCAUGCCAGUGCAAUGAUUGUAGUCACCACUACCGGACGAUCUGCCGGCUUGAUAUCUCGUUAUCGACCAAUGAUGCCUAUCUUUGCAAUAUGUCGGGAUGAACAUGUCGCACGGCAGCUUCAUCUUUGGCGCGGUAUAUUCCCUCUUCAAUAUGGAGCAAAUCGAGAAAGUGAUUGGUCGAGCGAUGUUGAUGCCCGAAUUAAUUAUGGUAUUUUGGUUGGUAAGGACCGCGGUUUUAUCAAGAAGAACGACCUGGUGGUUGUCAUUACUGGCUGGAGACAAGGAGCCGGACACACGAACACGUUACGUAUUAUCAAGGUACCCUAAAUAUGCUGAUACAAUCGCAGUUCAUUUCCAUUUAGCUUGCCUAUUCCUUAAAGUCCAGUUUAUUGGCGACUAUCGAUCAGUAUCAUCUAUCAACAAUACUAUCCCGACCCUCUCCUUUAUAAGAUAUAUUAAUUUUAAAACUGCACUACAUAAAACUUUGUAAGCAGAUUAUGGAUUACCAACUUAAUGAAUUUGCUCUAUAGCGUUAUUUAUCAAGCUUUUUUUUUUUGAGCAUAACAAAAAUGUUCCUGCUUGUAGCCCAUACUACUUAUGUUCUAAUUCAAUAAUUUUUAGUUAGAUUUUAAUUCGGUAAAUUCUCGUGUUUAUGUCUGUGUAGUGUUUUUGUUUUUCUGUAGUCUGCAAAUUUUAUAUUGGUCACUGGCUGUGCUCAUUAAGUUGUUUCAGCUUUACUUCUUUACCUGUUAGAACCGACGGCGUCAUAAAAUUGGAAAAAAAAUUGUCAUUAUCUUAUAGGACUGUUAUCUACGAAAAAAUAUUUCAUACAAGAAAUUCUCUGAUUCAUUGACAGUAAUUCAGCAAUUGAAAAAUCUGCUUCGAUCUAUACAAAUAAUUAUUUUUAUUUAGAGGAUCUGUCAGUUAGUAAUGAAAUAUUCCUGGUAAUUUUAAUUUCGUGUGAGUCUUGUUUCGCUUUCCUGAGCAUGUUUUCCACUUCGGGAAUAAUGGUAUUUAUGUUCAGCGAUGCUCACUGUUUUAAAUGUGGGUUGAUUCAAACUAACGUGAUAAUUUUGAUUUUUUAUAAUAAUUUUUACAAUGAAAUUGACAACAGUUUUGUUUUCUGAGCUUUAAAUAUUACCUUGAACAUACAUUUUGUGGUAAACGAUUUCGUAGACACUCCUCCCAUCCUUCACUCUGUUUCUUAUCCUGUUAGAAUUUGUAUUUUUAGUGAGGUUUUUUCAAUAAUUUUGAUUAUUAUUACCAUGGGAGCUUCAACUGUCAUCCUUUCAUUGUCAGUUUUUUUCUCUUUGCAUCCUUUCACUAUCGAUUAAAAUGAUGUUUUUCGGUUUAAUCUUCGGUAGAGCUUCAGUAAAGAAUUUGUUGUUAUGUCUUCAUUGUAAAUCGAUAUAAAAAAC